AGUGACAGCCGCAUUGACUUUUCGCUGUGUGAACGCCGAAAAACGUUUAAUCGCGGCAAAUCUGUUUUUAAGAAAUAAAAGUAUUCAUUUAAUUUGUUGCUAUUUCUAUUCGUUUUGAAAUCAAAUCAAACAACAAAAAUGUCCUUCAAGGGGAACACAAAAGUACAAAAGGUGAUGGUUCAACCCAUCAACCUUAUUUUCCGAUACCUCCAAAAUAGAUCUCGCGUCCAAGUUUGGCUCUAUGAAAACAUUUCGCUCCGCAUCGAAGGACACAUCGUCGGUUUCGAUGAGUACAUGAAUCUUGUUCUGGACGAUGCCGAGGAGGUCUAUGUUAAAACCCGCAAUCGUAGGAAUUUAGGCAGAAUCAUGCUGAAAGGCGAUAAUAUCACACUUAUCCAGAAUGUUAGUCCAUCCAAGGAUUAAGGUUAGGUUGAGCAACUCUCGAAGUCCGGGAAGUCUGGACACACAAAUCAAGAACAACAACUGAAUGAAACAACUCUUCUACCUUCUAAGCAUUUUAUCGAACUAAAGUCAUGUAAAAUUCUGCAUUCAAUUUAAGUCUUUUUUGUCAAAUGAAUUCCAGAGAAUAAGAUUGAAAUUAAAAAAUGAGUAUUUACCUGUGUA